AGCAUCAGUAGUAGCGUUGAGCCAGCCUCCUAUGAAUGUACGGUGGUUGUGGCUGUAGUUUUUUUUAGGAACAGGAUACGCAUAAGGACAGCGAAGAAAAAAAAACAUAGCAAUUCCUCGGGGGAUUUGUGAAAGGGAAACUCAGGUCUGCAUUUAUUCGUGUAAAGGACGACAAACAGCAAAGAGCAAUUUUUCAAGGAAGAAUUUUGCUAGGAAGGUCUGGGAGUGAGAGGGGACGGGAAAACUGAAAAUCAGCUCGUUAUUGGCAGAGAGGUAGACAUAGCUGAGGCAAGAUGUCAGCCCGAGGAGGAAAGAAGAAGACCACCAAACUGUCCCGCUCCGCCAGAGCAGGAGUCAUCUUUCCUGUGGGGAGGAUGAUGAGGUAUCUACGCACAGGGACGCACAAGUACCGCAUCGGCAUGGGGGCACCCGUCUACAUGGCAGCCGUCAUAGAGUACCUGGCAGCUGAGAUUUUGGAGUUGGCAGGGAAUGCAGCAAGGGACAACAAAAAAGGCAGAAUAACUCCUCGGCACAUUAAACUGGCUGUCGCCAAUGACGAGGAGCUCAACCAGCUUCUCAGAGGGGUGACCAUAUCAAACGGAGGGGUUCUGCCUCGCAUCCACCCUGAGCUGCUGUCCAAGAAGAGGGGCAGCCGAGUGAAAGUGGACACUCAGGUGACCGUGCCAGAGAAGAGGGCGGAACGCGUCAAGAGCAUCAAGAAACCUACCACCAAAAAAGGCAAAGGCAAACCAGGUCGCAAGCAGAGGAAAAACACGGAAAACGACAAAGAGGCUGUUGUCGCUAACUCAACAGUGGAAGACGGGCCAGGGGAUGGCUUCACUAUCCUCUCAGCAAAAAGCCUGUUCCUUGGACAAAAGGUAUCAUUAAAUCUUUCACUAACAGAGAGUGAAAUUAGCAAAAUUGGAACCAUCAAGGUGGAGGGAAUCAUCAACCCCACAAAUGCAGAGAUGGACCUCAAAGAGGGAGUGGGCAGUGCCCUGGAGAAGGCAGGGGGGCGAGACUUCUUGGAGGCAGUAAAAGAACUGCGGAAAGCACAGGGACCUUUGGAGGUAGCUUCAGUUGCGGUGAGCCAGGCCAGUGGGAUGCCAGCUCGUUUUGUCAUCCACUGUAACAUCCCUCAAUGGGGCUCAGAGAAGUGUGAGGACCAGCUGGAGAAGACUGUCAAGGCCUGCCUCUCUGCAGCAGAGGAGAAGAAACUCAAGUCCGUUGCCUUCCCCUCACUUCCUGCUGGCCGGAAUGGAUUCCCAAAGCAAACAGCCGCCCAGCUGAUCCUCAAGGCCAUCUCCAACCAUUUUGUCUCUGCGACGACCUCCUCCCUGAAAAACAUUUACUUUGUACUGUUUGACAGCGAGAGCAUCGGAAUAUACCUUCAGGAAAUGGCCAAGCUGGAUGCCAAGUGAAGCUGAGCUGAAGAGAUGCUUGAUUUGAGGUGUUUUUUUUAAACGGUUGCAGUUGUAUUUCAGAUGGAUCUUUGUUUUUUGCAGCUGAUAUAGUGUGAUCAAAGGUGCUGUAAGUAGGCGUUUUUGACAUUGGAUAGCCCUCGGAAGGCAAAAAAAAUAAAAUGUUUGUGAGUGAAGUACUGUACGCAUUUAUGUUACACUGUCUUCCUUUUACAGGAUUGCAUUCUUUCUUUUUAGACUAGACUCGAUUAAUAAUCCCAUGGCUUGUCAUUCUUAUCCCUUAUUUACUGAUAUUGUUUUCACAUUCCAUGUACAAAGACAAUUUUGACGGUUGUUUUUUCUGCUAGAAUCCCUCUGUAGUUUCUGAUACAGUUAGUUUACUAAGAAAAGUGUUUCUCAUUCUGCUUUGAAAUAAAAAUCCAGAUGUUUUACACCACA